AAAAAGUAAACAUGAGCAAAUACCAAAUACAAUAUCACCACGCAAGUUAUUCUUCCUCGCUUUUUUCUUAGUCUUCAUCUCAUUGAUUUUUUUUUUAAAUAGAGAGAAAAGGGUGAGAAAAUCCACCAUGGCUUUAGCAAACAUAGCUAUCAAUCUCGCAAGUGUUGGCUCAAAUUUUCCUUCUUCUAUUGAUAAGCUGAAGAAUUCAUCAAUUAAAGCUCAAAUAAACUUAAGGGUCUCGAGAAAUUCAUUAGUUAAAGCAGUUCAGAGCUCAUCUGUGGAAUCAGAUACUGGAAAAUGGGCUAGAAAAAGACGACCCCAGAAUGUAGAUGGCGACUUCUUUGUAGAUCAUACAUGCAUAGAUUGUGAUACUUGUCGUUGGAUGGCUCCGCAAGUCUUCACAAGAGUUGGUGAAAUGUCUGUAGUUUAUAAACAGCCAACGUCUAGCGAAGAUCGAUUAAAGGCUCUCCAGGCCUUGCUUUCCUGUCCAACAAGCUCAAUCCGUACCGAAGUACCUCCUCCUGAUAUCCUAGAAGCUCAAGAGACAUUUCCGAUUCCAGUAGAUGAGAAGAAACUACCUGGUGUUUAUCACUGUGGAUAUCAUUCUGAGAAAUCAUACGGAGCUGCUUCGUACUUGAUCAUUCACCCUGGUGGAAAUAUACUUGUAGAUAGCCCCAGAUUUACAGAGAAACUUGCAAAGGAGAUUGAGACAAUGGGUGGAGUACGCUAUUUGUUCCUAACCCACAAGGAUGAUGUUGCAGAUCAUGCAAAGUGGGCAACACGGUUUAGCUGUGAUCGAAUUCUGCACUCAGAAGAUGUAGAAAUUUGUACUGCUGAUGUUGAGAUGAAGCUAGAAGGGAAUGGUCCAUGGAGCCUCGGAGAUGACAUUAUGCUUGUACUUGCUCCCGGCCACACAGAAGGUACUGUUUGCUUGCUUUAUAAGCCACUGAAGAUUCUAUUUACGGGUGACCAUCUGAUGAUGACUGAAUCUGGACUCAGCAUAGCGGAAAUGUACAACAAAUACUCUGUUCCUAAACAGGUGGAUAGUGUUCAAAAGUUGAUACAAUUCGAUUUCGAUUGGAUUAUACCAGGUCAUGGUCGGAGAAUCCAGUUCAAAGAUGUUCAGGAGAAGAACACCAUUCUCGAAGCUUUUGUCCGGGAAAAGUAUAAACAGUAUUCCUCAAGCUACAAAUAAACAAGAACUAUAGGUUCCAUGAAAAUCAAAGUGAAUUAAAAAAUGAAAUCUGUUGUACUUGUAACUUGUUUCUCUAUGCAAAUAAAAAUUUCUAAGCAUGCAAUCAUAGCUAUGAAACCAUUGGAUAAAAAUGCCAUGGAGACCUCAUAACUUGUACCAUUUGAUUAUUACAUCAAAGAGUAAAUUAGUUAGUUCUGUUAAAAA